AUGGCUCGCCACAAGCUUGUCCAAGUCUUUUACAGCCAUCAGCAAAACCUCAACGACGGGUCCCCAUCUCAGGCGGUGUCGCUGUUGCAAACCCAUCACUCUCGUGACCCUAAAGUGUCUAACUCGAUGCCCUUGGACAUGGCUCACAAACGCAAUACCAGCAGAGGCUCAUUCUCCUUCUUCAGCCUCGAUACAAUCCGCUCUCUCAGUCGAGCGGGAACACGACAAGGCAUGUCUCAAUUGCAUCAAAACGGCCAGGAACUAACAGAAAUUCCUACAGCAGCUCGAGUGCCCUCUGAGGCCAGCCUCGUCCCGCGCCCUACCUCGGUCUUGUCCUUCCAGUGUGAUCCCAACAGUCAACCACCCCCAUCCCCAACGCCCAACCGCAACCUCUAUUCCUCUAACGAGUCUUUGACCCAAAUUGAGCCUGUGCAGACACCAAUUCCUGUCCCAAAGCCCAAAACAAUUAUCGCUACUGGCACUCCAAGACCUCGUGACAAUGACCCGGACGCCGAAGGCGAGGUUGACGGUGACCGAAGCCGUCGUCCCAGAACCCAUCGACUCCGUCCCUUGUCUUGGUUCUCUCUCUCAGGGUCCUCUUCGAGAGCCCAGUAUCCCCGAAGUCUCUCCGUCCACCUGACCAAGACCGCCAGCUCGUCAACCGUUGCGAGGAGUGUCAUCUCUGCACCAAUACUUACAAGCACUACAAAUCAAGCAGUUGCACAGAGGGAAAACGUUCCUCAUAGCGAAUUGUCCGAAGCUUCCUUUACGCAGACCCCUUGGAAUCCCCAGACAGGAAAGACUGCACAAGCCAUCCCUGAUCGACUCACCGACAGCAUAUCAGCCUCGGCGACAAACUCUAGUGCCACUCCCAGUGGUCCAAGAACGACUUCCAGAAGAAGACGUAUUCUCCGAUUAGGCGAUGCAUUCCGUGUCAAAUUGAGAGGUUCUCCAUUGGUCGAUUCUGGGGAGAAAGUCCCUAGUACCUCACAAGACAAUGGAUAUGGAAAACUCAUACCCACAGAUGGACUUUCUGUUACGUCUCCAACACAUCCGCUUGAGCAUAAUUUCGAUCUUUAUAGGGCAAAAAUGAAAAAGCUCACCAGUCGCGGUUGCGCUCGCCGCAAGCCUUCAGGCAACGAUUAUCCGCCCACAACAAAAGACCCACCGCUUCUGGCUGAGCUCACUCAGGAUUCAAACCUCGAUCACUAUGAGAAUGACUCUGCCUUUGGGUCUCUGACUCGAUCCUUUGCCAGUGCUGUCGACAAACUCGACUUUCAAGCGUCCCUGCCACGCAGCGUGUCGAACAUGUCUUUCCUAAAAUCCAAGUCAUCUUACUUUAGCCUGAAAAAGGGGGUAGGUCAAGACGAGAAACACGGUGCAAUUGUCGAAUCCCAACCUGAUAUGUCGGCCACCAUUGAAUCCACCAUCUUACCAGAGCGCAAGAACGCUCCAAAGGCAAAGAUGAAAGAUGGCUCUGCCACAGCUUUGACAACCGUCGAAGUUCUUGCUGCGCGUCAAAAUGUGCCCCGACCUCAGAUAUUUUCUGUCGAUCACAAUGCAUACAUCUCUUCAGAUCCAAUCCAGCAUUAUCCCCGGGGGGUCAAUCCGUUGAGAAUGCACCCCCCAGAGUCAGGCCAACCCGCUGCCAGCCCGCUGCCGCAGAGAGCCGACACCCCAAGUCAAUUGAGCGAAGACGGUGCUGACUCAAUCACUCUGGAGGAUGCACCAAUCUAUUCGCCAUCCCUUGGCGACUUGAGCCAAUAUUCUCGAGACACACCACGCUCGCACAAGAAACCCGCUUCGCUGACGAAGAAAAGACGUGAAGUGACAGGUGGUGACACUCCAACCAGACAAGUUCACGCCAGAAGCAAGCCACCCUCGCGGGGAGAGUUAAAGAAGAGCGGGAGCGGGUUUGGCCUUUUCAAUAAAGCCAAGGAAGCCAAACAGAUGCAUGGGAGAAUUGACCAGAGCGCUGCAUCUAGCGGCUCCUUCAAAGGGAGAGCUACCCCAUUGAAAGAACGUGAUGCAAAUCAAAGCAUGGCCUCUCAAGAUGGGCAAGGAAUCAGGAAGAGUCGGAGUCUUGUGUUUGGAGGACUAUUGAAAACGAAAACGGAACCGGCCUCGAGGUCUUCAACACCUGUACCUUUUCAACCUGCCACUCCGUCUCCUCUUCGAAAUGUGACACGUAUACGACGGAGUCAGUCCAGGUCUACGGUCCAGGAUGUUCCCACCCGACCUCGAAGCCGCAAACUCUCAAAAGGUCGGGCGGUGAGUGAACUGGUGGAGCUGAGCAAGUAG